AUGCCAACUUUCGCUGUCAGACCGAGGAACUACUGCUACAUUCUUGUACGUUUCACCGGCAACUCGAUCUGCAUAGUCUGCGGCCUGUUGAGCCUGUUCCAGCCGAAACACGCACUUGAUCUUCCCUCCUCACGCCUGAUCUUCCCUUCUCCCGCUUUCCGUCAGGCUACCCUUUGCCUUGUCGGGCUCAUCUUCAGCCUCGCCUGCCCUCCUCGGCCAGUCGGGCAGAUCGCGUCUGAAGCGACCCAAGUCGGGCGGUCAGUCGGCAGCUGUACCCGCCUCAACCUCGAUCCCGACGCCGAUCGCGACCUCGAUCCCGACCCCAAUCCCGACGCCGAUCGCGAACUCGAUCGCGACCUCGAUUCCGAUCUCGCCCUCGGCCGCCGGGGCUCAGGAGGCAUGCGACCCGAAGAGUCCGUCCGCCGGCUCGGUUGUCAAGCCGACCAAGUUGGGCCGGACAAG